GCCUGUUUAGGUAGCAUUAAAUUGUUUACCAUAUACCCAUGACCGCUCUAUCUUAGAGUUAUUCGUGGCCACAAAAUAUGGAUACAUACGCGACCUUAACCGUUCUUUCUGCCCCUUUUACUCGUUUGUUAGCUACCUUCGGUUUCUGUAGAUACUCCAGAUUACAGGGGCUUAAUGGGGAGCUGCUUUUUAUGCCGCGGAGUUCGUAUCCAAGUGCCAAUGAUAUGGUCUCUUCAACCUCAACGCUACGAAUGAUUCCCCUAUAGCAGACACAGGUAUAAUGAGUCCAAAUUCCUCAGGGUUCAUGUACAGCGGUGGAUCUGGCAUUCA